ACAGGGUGUGGUGGAGGCACUCCAGUGGGGCUUUGCGGUAUCUGAGCAUUUUGGGUAACAGGGCCAAGGGGAUCUGGGCUCGUCCCUUUUGGAUUCUCUGGCAGGCAGGGUAACAGUCCCCUGCUGUGCUGUCGGGGGGGGGCGGGGGGGAGGCUGAUCAGCAGGGCGGAGAGCUCUGUCGUCCCCCCUCUCGGUGCCUGUGGUGGCUGGUGUCAGGACUGAAGUCUGCUUUAUCCAUACUGAGGAAGAGGUGGAGAGGGGGCUGCUGGAUGCAUGACUCCCCCAAAAGAAUCAAAUCAAGGCCCCUGACUGGUUCAGUGAAGGUGUGUGGGGGCAGAGAUUCAACAUGAACCGCUACCUCCCAGUAGCCCGGCAGCAUUUUCUGGCUGUGCUGGCCAGCACCAGUGUGGUGGUGAAGUCCAUCUGUGCUGCUGUCAUCCUGCUCUACCUUCUAUCCUUUGCUGUGGACACAGUGUUCGGGCUUGGCGUGACUCCCGGUUACCUCUUUCCACCCAACUUUUGGAUCUGGACGUUGGCCACACACAGUGUGGUGGAGAAGCAUGUCUGGGACGUUGGUGUGAGCCUGGCCACAGUAGUGCUGGCUGGCAGGCUGCUGGAGCCCCUGUGGGGAGCACUGGAGCUCCUGAUCUUCUUUGCAGUGGUGAAUAUCUCAGUUGGGCUUCUGGGAGCCUUUGCCUACUUUCUCACCUAUGUGGGGUCAUUCAAUCUCUUGUACCUGUUUACCGUUCGCAUUCACGGCAUGCUGGGCUUCCUCGGUGGGGUCUUGGUGGCCCUCAAGCAGACCAUGGGUGACAGCACUGUCCUGAAGGUGCCCCAGGUGCGGAUGAAAGUGGUCCCUAUGCUCUUACUCCUUAUCCUGGCUGCUCUGAGGCUGACCACCCUAAUUGAAAGCAACCUAUUGGCCUCUUACGGCUUUGGGGUCCUCUCCAGCUGGAUCUAUCUUCGUUUCUACCAGAGGCACAGUAGGGGACGUGGAGACAUGUCAGACCACUUUGCCUUUGCCACGUUCUUCCCCGAGAUCCUGCAGCCCGUGAUUGGUUUGGUGGCCAACUUGGUGCAUGGCAUCUUGGUGAAGGUAAAAGUUUGCCGGAAAACAGUGAAGCGUUACGAUGUCGGUGCUCCUUCAUCCAUCACCAUCAGCCUGCCUGGAACAGACCCACAGGAUGCUGAGAGGAGAAGACAACUUGCCCUGAAGGCGCUGAAUGAGCGGUUGAAACGCGUGGAGGACCAGUCAGCGUGGCCCAGCAUGGAGGACGAUGAGGAUGAGGGAGGUCCCAAGGCGGACAGCCCGCUGCUCCCUGAGAAGAGCCAAAGCAGCCGGGAUGCCAAUGCCGCAGGGAAAGGAACCAGCCAGGAGUCCAGCCUCAUUACCUUUGAGGAUGCCCCCCCUCAGCUGUGACCUGUGAACACACCACCUCCCCUGUCAGCGUGAUCCCUUCUAUCUUCUCACAGUCCUGUCUGCUCCCCGGUAAUGCUGUCUGCAGGGAGCAAGGGGACACCUCCAGCAACCUCAAGAGGAGAGGGCUACCUCAUUCCAGCAUUUAAUAGCCACAGUCAGCUGAUGCCAUGUCUCUAGACUGUCUCUGGGUGGUAACCGUUAGCCAGUGCUGGCUUCUUGGAAGGGCUCUCUCUCCUGCUGGGGCUCUGGUUCUCAUUUGCUUUCUUCAGUGGUGAUGUGAGGUUCCUCAAAGACACUAAGCAGGGCUGGGCACCAACCACCAAGGGGGGUGGACUUGCGUGUGUCUCUUCAGCACAGGACAUGGACUGGUCUGUCCAGAGAGGCCUUAUGCUGGCCGCCUCUGCCAGUAGCCACCACUGGGGCUAGCUGACUGUGUACGCCUCAGUGGUGGCCAUGGCACUGUCUGGGUGGAGGCACUGGACUCAUCCGGCCUCAGGAUUUGCCCUGUGCGUGGUUGGUCAGGUCCCAGUUUUGAAGCCUGUGUGCUAGACCACUAAAUGACCCUCACAGCAUCCCAGAGGGCAAACUCAGCAAGUGAUACAGCACUUUCUCUCUCUUACUUUUGUGGUGGUGGUUGUUAAAAAGUACCCUGCAGCUUCCUUUUUCCCUUUCAAAGUUAGUUUUGUUACUGAUCUGAGGAGCAGGAAGUUUUUUCUUAAUCCCUUUGCUAUAUUAACCCUUUCCCCUCUGGCCCCAAUUAUCUGGCAAGAACUGACUACAAUAAAUUCCUGAGUUGGGAAUUUGCCAUGAUCAUUAGAUAAGCCUGUUUAGCUACAAAGUAAUUGCUUAAUACCGCCCCAUUGCUGCAGCUGCCUACCUUGAAUUAUUGACUGGAAAGUCUGGGGCCACAGAGCUUUGAGCCUAGUCCAUAGACAUACAUCAACCCUAGUCUUUCUGUGGGUGUCCUAGAGGGGUUUAAUUUUAUUUGUGUUGUUGCUACUUUGGAUUUUCUCUAAUUUCUUUCGCGGUGAUUUAAAUUGUAACACAGCCUCUGAACUGGGUAGGACCUGCGCGUUCACUGCAGCUUGGAUGAAUCAUCUGUGCAUUGAUUCUUUGUCAGAUGGCAAAUCUGUUUUAUGGUGGGGCUCUUGACAAUUCUUCCAACACCUGCUUUUUCCCCUCCCUUUGAUUAAAAUGUUGGCUUCCUCUCUCCUUUUCCCCUCCUCUGUGCUGAUGGGAUUUUUUGGAGAGGGGUUGGGGGGGCUUCUCUGGAAAAGCUUUCCUUGAGAACCAGCCCCCCAAGACUAUACCACUUCGGCUUGUAUACUUCCCUGGGAGGCAGCUACCAAAUUGAGGAGUGUGCAUGUGUGAUGACCCUUUUUUUAAAAGGGCCACACAAGAAGGUUUUGUCAACCGAGAAAUAAACAUACGGGAAUUUCAGUAUCAAUAAACAAUUAUUUCAAAGA